AUGCUUACAAAAAUUAGAAGUGAACAAAGUAUCGCUAUCGCUGUUGCUUCUUCUGGAAUUGCAGCUACCUUAAUCGACGGAGGCAAAACGGCUCACACUGCCUUUAAAUUACCUCUAAACAUGAAUCAUUUGGAUAAUACUCUUUGUAACAUCUCUAAGCAGAGUAAUAUGGCACAUGUCCUUAGAGAAGCGAGACUAAUUAUAUGGGAUGAAUGCACUAUGGCUCACAAGAAUGCUAUUAAGGCUCUUUACAGAACGCUUAAGGAUUUAAGAAGUUGUAACCAAAUUAUGGGUGGAAUAACUGUUUUUUUGACUGGUGACUUUAGACAAACAUUGUCUGUUGUGCCACGAGGCACAGAGCACAGACAAACACGUCCACUUCGAACAACGAUAUACAAUACAAGUAAUAUAGGUGAUGGACCGAUUUCGCAAGUUGAAGGAAGAAUACAUAUUCCGGAUAGCCUUGGUAAUAUUGUUGGGGAUUUAAUCACCUUGACUGAUAAAAUAUACCCAAAUAUCCAUCAAAUUAAAGUUGGUUACACUUCGUGGUCAAAAGAAAGAGCUAUUCUCGCUCCAACAAAUGACUCCGCAAAUAUCAUUAAAAACUUUCUUUUAGAGAAGCUACCAACUGACCAUAUAAAGUAUGAAUCUGUGGAUACAGUAGUCGAAGUAGACAAUGCUGUUCAUUAUCCUGUAAAGUUUUUGCAUACACUGAAUCCACAACGAAUACCACCUCAUAUUUUUAAUCUUAAAAUUGGGGCAUCAAUAAUGCUACUGCGCAAUUUGAAUCAUCCAAAACUAUGUAAUGGCUUUAGACUUCAAGUUAAAAGUCAGCAUAAAAAGGUUAUUGAAGCUGAAAUUUUAACAGGAAAAUAUGAAGGAGAAGUUGUAUUCAUCCAGAAGAUUCCUUUUAUUCCAACAGAUUACCAUUUUGAGUUCAAACGUCUUCAAUAUCCUGUCAGAGUUUGUUAUGCCAUGACUAUCAAUAAAGUGCAAGGGCAGAGUUUGAGAAUGGCUGGUGUGGAUCUGACAAGUGAUUGUUUUUCUCAUACUCAGUUUUACGUGGCGUGUUCAAGAGUCAGUUCAUUCUUUAGCCAGAAAAGAAAACGAAGAACGUUGUGCCCAGUGAAGCGGGCGGGUAUCAGCUAG